AUGAUCAGCAUCACCCUCCUCCUCCUUGCACCAGCAUCCACCAGCCUCGCAACUUCUACAGCCCAGACCCCCAUCGCAUUAGGCAAAGAUAGCUUCGCAGCCGUCCGAAAGGCUCUGGAAGCGGCAAAAAUCAUCAGCGAAGUCCUCGACGACUUCCAGCCAAGAUGCUUCCUCGCCCCCUUCUACGGCAAGAAGAGCAACCGAGCCGUGACCCUCGGGAACAGUCUCAAGCAAUCGGUCACAGAAGACCGGCCAACGAUAAAGAUCUACUGCCCGGGUCUGGACAGCACGGCUGGCCUUGUGGUCGCGCUGACGGACCCGGAUGCGAAGUCACGGGACGACCCGAAGUGGUCUGAGAUGUGCCAUUGGAUCGCCAUCGUCCCCACCUCGAACCAGAAAGACUUCGUACUCGACGUUUCAAACGGCUCUAAUGCCUUGGAUAUCGUCGAAUACAAAUCCCCCGCCCCGCCAGCAAAGACGGGCUACCACCGCUACGUCUUCGUCCUCCUCCAAGGCGCAACCUCCAACCUGACAGCCCCCUCGGAGCGCCAGCACUGUGGCACCGGCAAGGUCCGGCACGGGGUGCGGGACUGGGCCCAGAGGGAAGGCCUCGAGGUCGUGGGCGCGAACUUCUUCAUGGAGCGGAAUGGCGAGCUGUGA